AUGGCUCCCAGCGUUCUAUACCACUGUCAUUGCCUAUCAAGUCCAUCAGGACCGCCGCCACCACCUCAUCUCGCCUCAUCGUCGCACAGCUUCCACUCACUCCAUUCUUUGUUCUUUUGUGAAGAAUGCGACGCUGUCCGUUGCAAUCGUUGUGUUUCCGUCGAAGUCAGCGGAUACUUCUGCCCCAAUUGUCUCUUUGAAGUCCCAAGUGCUAGUGUUCGUGCGGAGAAGAAUAGAUGCGCUAGGAAUUGCUUCAUGUGCCCAAAUUGCCGCAACACGCUUUCUGUUGUAUCAUCAGAUCCUCCGGAUCCAGGUGAUGGGAGACUCUCAAUAACAAUGAGCACUGUCGGUGAACCGCCGUUCUUUUUGUUCUGCAAUCACUGUAGGUGGGACUCUGCAGAAGUGGGAAUAACGUUCGAGAAGCCAACGGGUCUCGCUGCCCAGUUACAAAAAUUUGAAGAUUCAACACCCGAAUCCUUAGAAUUCGACAAGCUGAAAGAGCAUUUUGAACCAGUCAUACGCGCAUCUUCUCUUUCUGGUGUUAAUUCUUCUGCUGUCCCAAGUAGCGCCGCGCACUCACAUCAUCUUCACUCUAACUCAAUAACAGCCGCUGCUUCAGCCGCGCUUGCGCGUGACAUUCCUGGGGUAUCCAAGUACACCCCUCAUAUGCGUUCAGGGAGGGGGGCUUCAAAGGAUAAGACGUCAAAUAAGGACGAGAUGCCCGAGUAUAAGAGCAGGAUGGAUAUUGAGAGUGCGAGCCAUUAUGGCUCUGGCGGUGGCGAGGUCGAUGUAGACUUUAUGAAACAUCUGGAGAACAUAUCCGAAGUGGCUAGUGUGGAGCAGCGGUGGACGUAUAGUUGGACGACGUCUUUGCAGUCAUCGGAUUUGAGGCCUCUGCGAAUACCGUUACAUUCUAAGCGCUCUAAACGAUGCCCUGUGUGCACACAUAUCCUCAUCAAGCCUGAACAGAAGGCGCAGUCUGUGCGGUACAAGAUCAAGCUUGUAGCUUCUAGUUACCUGCCCGCUAUCACGGUAGCCCUUCCGCAUCAACAGAAAACGCCUCAGGACGUAGCGCGGCGAAUGAUGAACAGAUCUACAACACCUGCUGCAAUAGAGGAUGACGGCGCCGCGGCUGCCAUGCAUGCAGGAAAGACUUACCCCUUCCAUCUGGCAUUAGCGAACCCGCUCUAUGAUCCUAUCCAAGUCCGACUUUCGGUUCAAAGGGUGCACGUUGCAGCGGGUGAUGGAGAGAAGGCUCGUCGACCGCCAUUUUCUAUUUCGUUACCGACAUCGGUGUUUCCUAUUGCUGCGUUUGCAGAAGCUUGGGAGUACGAGGACGAUGACGAGGAUAUGGACAUGUUUGGGCUGGACGACGAUGAAAUAGGGCUUCGUCCAGCGAGGGAGAAGGAAGGCAGAGGGAAGGCGAAGACCAUUGGCGUUAUAGAGAAGCGGGCAAAUGUCACUGUUGUUGGUGGCGAGGUGGUCCUCGGAAAAGAAGCACGAGGCAAUGUCAAGUUUAACAUGCUCGUCACGUACACGUACCGCUCGGACGAUCCAACGCCGUCGGAAGGAAACGAUGGACUUGACGUCUCUCCGUCUAAAGGGUCCAAACAGCCUCAGGCCGAAACAAAAACAUUCACCUUCUAUACAGUAGUGGAUCUUGGGUCAGUCAUACCUAGGGAAGAGCCCAAGGAUGAUACCGAUUUUUAG